AUCAAAAGUAACAAAAGCAGUUGAUCUGACAAUCGCCGUAAAUGAGGACUUGCCAUAUAGGAAAGGGACAUGGAGGUGGCAAAUCAGUUGACUAUGCAUCGAAGGUAUUGAAGAUAUCCAAGACAGAUAUCUUCAAAGUAACCCGUAAGCCUCAAAAUAUUGUCAACGUACCUCAAAAGACAGUUCUAACAAGCAUAUAACGAGAAACAAUUGCCGAAUUACCACUAACCCCCUAACUUUUCUUUUGAACCCCCAAUCCCAGACCAAAACCCACUCUUACGCCCUCUUCUCCUUCCUCUCACACCUAUAAUGAUCCGCCACCAAAAACGCCAACUCCAACGCCUGCUUCUCAUUCAACCUUGGAUCGCAAAAGCUCGUGUAAUUCGUCGACAAGUCAUCCUCAUCCAGCCCCUCACUACCCCCCAAACACUCCGUCACCGCAUCCCCCGUAAGCUCCAGGUGAACACCCCCCAGAUAACUCCCCUGCUCCUUGUGAAUCCUCAACGUCUGCUGCAGCUCGCUAAAGAUGUUGCUGAACCUCCUCGUCUUAAUCCCCCCGCUGACAGACUGCGUGUUGCCGUGCAUGGGGUCGCACUGCCAAACAACCGUCUGCUUGUACUCCGAGUCCUCCACCGCUCGGAUGUGCGCGGGGAGCAGGUCGGCGACCUUGGAGGCGCCGUAGCGGGUGAUGAGCGUGAUCUUGCCUGGUUCGCGGUCCGGGUUGAGAGUGCGGAGCAUGUCCAGCAGGUCGGAGGCGGGGGUGGUAGGUCCGAUUUUGACGCCGAGGGGGUUGGCGAUGCCGCGGAAGAACUCGACGUGGGCGUGGUCGAGCUGGCGGGUGCGGUCGCCGAUCCAGAGGAAGUGGGCUGAUGUGUCGUAGUACUCCUUUUUGCUGGGGGUGCCGGGAGCGGAAGGGGUGUCGAGGAGACGGGUGAGGGAUUGCUCGUAUUCCAGCAACAGACCCUCAUGGGAGGUGAAGAGAUCGACGGUAUCGAGAUUGUGGGACUUGUCGGCACCGAUGGUCUGCAUGAAGCGGAGCAUGUCCGUAAGGAAGUCGACAGCUUCUUGGUAUUUGGCCUUCAGUGCGGGAUCACGGACGUGGCCGAGACCCCAGUCCAGAGGGCGAUGCAGGUCCGCAAUGCCAGAAGAGAUGGCAGCACGAAUGUAGUUCAGCGUGGCAGCCGAGUGGUGGUAAGCCCUGCGGUAAGCAUUAGCAUCGACUUGCGAGAGUGGCAGGGAAAGGUGAGUCUUACUUGACCAAGCGGUUAGGGUCCAGCUCUCUCUCAUCAACACUGAACCCAUUCAGGAUAUCACCCCUGAACGAAGGAACCUCCCUCCCAUCAACCAUCUCCAUCGGACUCGACCGCGGCUUCGCAUACUGCCCAGCCAUACGCCCAAUCCGCACAACCCUCUUGUCAGCACCCCAAAUCAGCACAAGACUCAUCUGCAAAAGCAGCUUGAUCUUGCUCUCAAUAACAUCCUGCUGGCAGUAGUCAAACAGCUCAGCACAGUCACCACCCUGCAGCAAGAACGCCUUGCCCUGAGCCACAUCCCUAAGGUGCUCCUUGAGCUUGACAAUCUCCCUCGGGUGGACGAUGGGGGGCAACUUCUUGAGCUCAGCCAGAGACUUCUGAAGGGCCUUUUGGUCGGGGUACUGGGGGCAUUGCUUGACGGGUUUUGACCUCCACGAGUCGGGAGUCCACUGUGGUGUUGAGCUCAUCUCGCCGCGGGGUUUGAGUGGUGAGCGAGUAUGAAGUGCCGUAUAGUUAAUGCUUCUCGAAACCUUCUUUUUUUUGGCCCCACCACCAAAAACCGUCCGUUGUCAAACGAACAAAAAAAGACCGCCGCCGUUGGAGUCGAAUAUCCAGGAAGAAUAAACCCAAAAGUUGUGUGGGAAUAUAUACCCAAAGAACCUUCCACGUAGACCAAAAAAAAUCCGUGUUGCCCUUUCUCAGCUCAUCCCCAAAAGUUGAAUUGACUCAUCCCCCUCCCCGAAACCGAAAUCUGACCUGUUCUGUGCUCUCAAAACCCAAGAAUGAUCGUCACAAGGGUACCAGGGUCUGCUCCGUUCCUAACAAAGAAAAACCCCCCCACUCCCAAAAUCGACCAAUCACCCCCCCUCCCCCCUCUGAAUAAGAGCGGAUCCCCUAACCCCCCAAUCCAGCCUAGCGCCCCUCAACCUCCAAAAGCUGCCCCUCAACCCCACAUUGCUUAAUCCAUCCUGUCCGACAUCAACACCAUCAACACCAUCACCACCAAACUCUCCCGUUAUAUGCCCAUCCCCAACCUACCACCUCCCAAUUCCCCCAAAGAUGGCCGAACCCCAACCCCCCACAAUCCACGAAGGCGCAACAGACGACAUCGAAACAACAACCUCCAAACCCGCCGCCUCAGCCGAAGACCGCAAAGCAGCCGCCGCCCUCUCCAACCUCGACUCCAACAACACCACCGACAACACCUCCACCCAAGUCGACCAAGCAGCCGCGACCAACGCCCUGAACUCUGUCUCGGCCGUCUCGGAGAAGAAGCCCCCCGUCGAGGCGUCGGCCAAGAGCAAAGUCAAGGUUGAUGCGGCCGACGUCUCGCUUUUGGUCGCCGAAUUCGAGGUCAGCAAGGCCAGGGCAACAGAAUUGCUCAGGCAGAACGACGGUGAUGCCGUCAAGACGAUUAGGGCGUUUUUGCAGCCCGCUUUUUGAAGCUGGUAUAGCUCAGGGGAGAGAUGGAAAAGGUAUAUAAAAUAUAAAAUGGCGAGAGAGUAAAUGGUAGAUCAGAGGUUCAUGGAUAGACUGGCUUUCUACUUAGCACACAGCGCUUGAUACCAAACAGUCACAAACAAAUCUUGUAUGGAUCCGAGAGUUUUACAAGAAUGUUUUGGCUAAGCUGUCGACCAUAUCUCGAGUAACAUGCCAUGUCCCCGGCAGAAAGCUGCCUAGUUGUACAAACAAAACUCAUCGCAAAUUCAAACACGCCAACAGAAUGCAAAGGCCUACACAUUCAGAAAGCAACGAACCCGAUGAAACAUGAAAUCCCCCCAUAUGUCCAGUGUGUCCCCGAUUCAAGAUCCCAUGAAACAGGAGGAAUAAUCUGGUUCUGGGCCCUAACAGGACCGUGAACGACAAGAACAAGCAAGAGGAAGAAAUUAACGAAAAACACAACGGCACAUAACCAGCAGAAAACACCGCCACGUCGCAAACUGAAAUGAAUACAGCGCUUGUUUGCGAUCCCUAACAAAAGAGACAAAAUAUGUCCGUGUUGGUUCCAUACCAUCCUUUUCCCCGCCAAAUCCUUCCCUAUUCCCCCCAAAUAAAUGCCCAAACACCCAACUCUCAACCUGUGGUUGCAAUCCCAUAUCCAUGGCCUUCCUCCGGAUAUAAAAUGACUCUGUCCAGACCUGUUGCUGAAACCGCUGCUGGUUCAAGGAAAAUGAAAAACGGGAGCCGAUAGGAGCCGAACGUAACUGACAUGGCGCCCUUGUGUCGUCUCAGGAGGCCGACAAUAAAAUGUUGACAAAUAACAGCUGCUGGAUAUUGUGUACCGAUCGACAGGGGAAUGCGAAAAAGCGAGAAAUGCUGAAAAGAAACUCCGGCCGACUGAUCAUAUGAGAGCAGGGCUUCACAAGUCGAUAGCCCGACCUCUCCUGACAUCUCGAAAACGUUGCUGUACACCUCCCAUAAACUCCACCAUGUUCAUCAUAGCGCCACCGCAGAUACAGCCUCCAAAAUCCGCAAAACAACUCCAAAAUCACCUUGUUGCCAGACAUGUGCCUCGAGUUAGCUCAAACAAAAGGCCAUCCACCUCACAAAGCUACCAGCUUCGCUGUCACAAAAAUCCUCCUUCUUUCCAUGACACUCAUGCCAAAGAUGACGA